AUGCUGGCCCACAUCCAGUAUACACUGGUUGUUCUCUUUCCUAUCCUUUCGCAAGUGUUAUGUCAAAAUACUCAUUCUCAAUCGAUUACUUGUUAUACAAAGUAUGAUUCGGAAGAAACUCGAAUUCAACCCUCGAGUAUGGUUUGGAGCUAUAAUUAUCAUCAUACCGAGACUACUCAAUUUCGAACUUCUGAUAAUGAAGCCUGUGCACAGGUUGGUUGUGUUUGUUUCAGCUAUCAAGCUGUCUGUCGACUUGCAUCCGAUGGACCUAAUCAUGUUUCGCAAUGUAACGACGAUGACCGACGUCAUGGUACAAUAAAAUGGCAUCGCGGAUGGACGUCAAAUGCUAAGUGUGAAGAAAUGCGUCGACAAGUCCAUGUUUAUCAUAAUUUAACGUGCUGCAAUACAGACCGGUGCAAUGAUCAACCUGGUAAGAUAGUCAAAGUCGCAGAUCCACCAAAACCGAUACCAUACAAUGUCUUUUAUGGCUCUCAGCAAGAUCCACCACGUUAUGAUGACGCUGGUAAUCCACUUCCUCAACGUUACGAUACUCUUGGUCGUCCAUCUCCACAACCAAUGUUCAAUCCUCAUAACUCUAUCCAACAGCACAAUAGUAACAAUUACCAACCACAACAACAGCCUCAAUACGAUACUCACAAUCAACACCAACCACAACCCCAACAUGAUAGUUACAAUCGACAUCAUUAUUAUCCGUAUCAAUCUUCGUCUAGUUCAUACACAACACCUUCAACAACAACAACGCCGUCAACCACCAGAGCAACAACACCACGCCCACGUUAUAAUACGCAUACACGUUAUCUACUUACAUCACGUUUGCCCGAUGCAUACACACCUACUGAAGUUUCUGAUAAAUCUUUAGGAUCGAACGCAUCUUUAUUACAUAGUUCCCUGUCAAUUCGCAUGGCAUAUCUUUUAUUGCUUGCUUACUUUUGCAAUACGAUAAAAUACUUCUGA